GGCGCACGUAGUCCGUGUUGUCCGUACAGUCACACACACACACUCACACCUGCGGGAGGAGUUGCGCUGCGGAGCGGAGCGCUGCGGGGCGUGAGACCGGCUUCGCUCACACUCAACUUGGGCAUCAUCACCAUCAGCGCCCGCGGAUAACGGAUCUGUUCGGGACUACAUCCAGCCACGAUGUCCGACUUUAUUUUGGUAUUUCUUACUAUGUCGGGAUUAAUUCUGCUGGCUAAAACGCUGACAGUGGCCGGGGCUGAGGAAGUGUGUGAUAUGGAGGAGUUUCUGUGUGCUGACGGCCUCAACUGUGUGUCUGAGAGCUGGCUGUGUGAUGGAGAGAUCGACUGUCCCGACGCUUCAGACGAAGCACCAGCCAUCUGUUUGCGGCAGGUAAAAGUGAGGUGUCCUGUUAAUAACAUCCAGUGUCUCGGGACCCGCAGAUGUGUUCAUUUCAGUAAACUUUGCGAUGGAGUUCGAGACUGUGAAGACGGAUACGACGAGGGUGUUCACUGCCGCGAGUUGGUGCGCAGCUGCCAGGAGCGGAGGUGUCAGUUUGACUGUGUGGUCAUGAGAAACGGGACGUCCUGUUUCUGCGGGGAAGGUUUCGAGGUAGACGAGGACGGGAGAAGAUGUCGAGAUCAUGAUGAAUGCAGGGAUUACGGGACAUGCAGUCAGAUCUGUAUGAACACGCAGGGAUCGUACAGAUGCGCUUGCACAGAUGGCUUCAGCCUGCAGGCCAACAGACGAUCCUGCAAAGCCAAAACAGAUCCUGGUGAUAAACCUCCGGUUCUGUUGACAACAAAUCUGAAUUUCAUAUCAGUUCUUUACCUCAAUGGAUCAACUAUGCCAAAUCUCAAGUCCAUGGAGACAAAUGGGACUCAAAUGCUGGACUUUAUUUACAGAGAAGAGUCUUUAUGUUGGCUGUCGGUGGUGCAGGACACGGGGCAGCUGUGGUGCGCUCGCAUGACCAAACUUAAAGGAUUUUCAGAAAAACACCAGAUACGGAUAGGCCAAAACCUACAAAAUGUGGAGCACAUGGCCAUCGACUGGUUAACAGGAAACUUCUAUUUUGUGGAUCGGGUGAACGACCGGAUAUUCGUGUGUAGUGAGCAGGGAGACACUUGUGUGACCAUUAUUGACCUGGACAUUCAAAACCCAAAAGGCCUGGCACUGGAUCCCAUAAUGGGAAAGCUAUUUUUCACGGACUAUGGGACAGUUGCCAAGGUUGAGCGAUGCAACAUGGACGGCACCAACCGAACCAAGAUAGUGGAGUAUAAAACUGAACAGCCAACCGCUGUGACGUUGGACUUAGUUAAGAAACUUGUCUACUGGUCGGACGCAUAUCUGGAUUUUAUCGAAGUUGUGGAUUACAAUGGCAAGAACAGGCAAACAAUCGUACAAGGAAACUCGGUGUCGCACCUGUUUGGAUUAGCGCUCUUUGAAGAUUACCUGUUUGCGACGUGCUCCGAACCCUCGAGAGAGAGCAAGGUGGACAUAUUUAGGAUAAAUCGCUUUAACAGCAGUGACACAAACACCAUUGCCACUUUGGAAAGCGCCAGAAACGUCCGAGUUUAUCACAGACUGGCUCAACCUACAGUCAGGACUCACGCAUGCAGUCCUGACCCACAUGGACGAAAGGGUGGAUGCUCUCAUAUCUGUCUCCUGAGCCACAACUACAAAUCACGCGUGUGCCGCUGCCGGACCGGUCACGUCCUUGCCAGCGACGGGAAGUCCUGCAAAAAACCAAAGAACGAGCUGUUCCUGUUUUACGGAAAAGGACGACCUGGGGUUAUUCGAGGUCUGGAUAUGAAUAUCAAGUCGGGCGAUGAACAUUUGAUUCAAAUCGAAGGACUCGUGAGUCCAAGAGCGCUGGAUUUUCAUGCGGAGAGUGGCUACGUCUAUUUUGCAGACACCACAAGCUUCCUAAUCGGACGGCAGAAGAUUGACGGAACUGCGCGGGAAACAAUCCUUAAGGAGGAGCUGGAUAAUGUCGAGGGUAUUUCAGUGGACUGGAUUGGUAAUAACUUGUACUGGACAAAUGACGGUUAUAGAAAAACCAUCAACGUGGCUGGGCUGGACAGGCCCUCGCACACCAGGAGAACGCUUUUAGAAGGCAAUAUGUCUCAUCCCAGGGCCAUUGUUGUGGAUCCUCUAAAUGGGUGGAUGUAUUGGACUGACUGGGAGGAGGAUGAGUUGAUUGACAGCAGAGGACGUAUAGAGAAGGCUUGGAUGGAUGGAUCUCACCGUCAGAUCUUCGUCACGUCCAACAUGCUGUGGCCCAAUGGUCUCACCCUUGACCACUCCUCCAGCGUCAUGUACUGGUGCGAUGCCUACUAUGACCACAUCGAGAAAAUCUACCUCAACGGCAGCCACAGAACGGUGGUCUACAGCGGGAAAGAGUUGAACCAUCCGUUUGGGAUUGCGCACUACCAGAACUACAUAUUCUGGACUGAUUACAUGAACGCCUCGAUAUUCCGUCUGGAUUUGUUAUCUGAUGAUGUUUCACUACUGCGGGCAGAAAGACCACCUCUCUUUGGGAUUCAGGUGUAUGACCCUCAGAGCCAGAAAGGUAAUAACCAGUGUUCAGUGAAUCACGGCGGCUGCAGUCCAUCAGCUUUAUGCCUCACAACGCCUGCAGGACGGGUUUGCGCAUGCGCAGAUGGACAACACCAGGAGAAGGAUAACAUUACCUGUUCAUCCCCAUCAGAGGUCACUAAGAUUAAACGCUGCAGCCCAGCAGAAUUCCAGUGCCAGAACCAGCGCUGCAUUCAGAUCUCGUGGAAGUGUGAUGGGGAUGAUGACUGUUCAGAUGGCAGCGAUGAAGAUCCACUCCUCUGCUCCAAUCGCAUCUGCCCAGCGGACCAAUUUAAGUGCUUGAACAACCGCUGUAUCCCAAAGAGAUGGUUGUGCGACGGCACAGACGACUGUGGCAGCAACGAGGAUGAGUCCAACCGCACAUGCUCAGCCCAAACUUGCCAGCCGGGCCAGUUUCCCUGCGCCAAUGGACGCUGCAUCCCAGAGAACUGGCGCUGUGACCGUGAUGAUGACUGCGGGGAUCAGUCGGAUGAGUCUUCAUCAUGCGAUUUCCCCACUUGUGAGCCGCUGACACAGUUUGGCUGUACUAAUGGGAAAUGCAUCAGUGUGAAAUGGCACUGCGAUUCCGAGGAUGACUGUGGGGAUGGCAGUGAUGAGGUGGGUUGUGUCCAUGCCUGUUCAGUGGCUCAGUUUCAGUGCUCAAGCGGGAAGUGCAUCCCUGAGCACUGGAUGUGUGAUGGAGACAAUGACUGCGGUGACCUCAGCGAUGAGAACGCUACCUGUUCCAGGACAGCGAUUUCUGCAAUUAAUGACUGCAGCGAGAAGGAGUUUCACUGUCGUGGUGAUGGCACAUGCAUUCCCGAAAUUUGGCGCUGCGAUGGAGACAAAGACUGUGAAGACGGUAGUGAUGAAUUUGCCUGUGAGGGAGCCAAGAGAAUGUGCGACCCCAAGGCGAAGUUUACCUGCAAGGUCUCAGGGAAGUGUGUUAGUAAGGACUGGGUGUGUGAUGGAGAUAUCGACUGUGAGGACCAAUCGGAUGAGGAGGGCUGUGAAGUAUCUGUCUGUAAACCUCCUAAAUUCCCCUGUGCCAAUGACACUUCAGUGUGUCUCCCUCCCGAGCGCAUCUGCAACGGCUGGAAAGACUGUGCUGAUCACUCGGAUGAAGGACCCUACUGUGAUGAGUGUUCGAUACGAAAAGGCGGCUGUAGCCAUGAGUGCUCGGUGGCUCCUGGUAAAGGGGUCGUAUGUUCCUGUCCCGCCGGGUUCCAGUUGGGCUCGGACGCUCAGACCUGCGAGAUUCUGGAUUACUGCUCAAAGCACCUACGUUGCAGCCAAGUAUGCGAACAGCACAAAAAUACUGUGAAAUGCUCCUGCUAUCCAGGCUGGAGUCUUGGAUCUGACGGAGACAGCUGCUACAGCACAGAUCCUUUUGAGGCCUUCAUCAUUUUUUCUAUCAGACAUGAAAUACGUCGCAUAAAUCUGCAUAAAGGCGACUACAGCCUGUUAGUCCCCGGGCUCAGAAACACCAUCGCUUUGGAUUUCCAUUUCAGCCAAAGCUUGUUGUAUUGGACUGACGUCGUAGAGGACAAAAUUUACCGCGGGAAGCUGUCAGAGGGAGGCGGUGUUUCGGCAAUUGAAGUGGUGGUCCAGCAUGGUCUAGCCACUCCAGAGGGCCUUGCUGUUGAUUGGAUAGCUGGGAAUCUCUACUGGAUCGACAGCAACCUAGACCAGAUUGAAGUAUCCAAGCUAAACGGCGAAUUGCGAACCACCCUCAUUGCAGGGGGAAUGGAACACCCCCGGGCCAUUGCUGUGGAUCCUGGCCAAGGUGCCUUGUUCUGGACCGACUGGGAUGCCACUUUUCCUCGAAUCGAGGGGGCUUCCAUGAGUGGAAAACAACGCCAUGUGGUUUUCAAGGACAUGGACACCGGAGCCUGGCCGAAUGGACUCACCUUGGACCACAUGGAGAGCAGGAUAAUCUGGACGGAUGCCCGAUCUGACGCUAUAUACUCUGCUCUAUAUGAUGGCACGGGGGUGAUUGAGAUUCUCAGAGGCCACGAGUUCCUCUCUCACCCCUUCGCCGUGUCUCUUUUUGGAGGAAACGUCUACUGGACCGACUGGAGGACCAAUACAUUGACCAAAGCCAACAAAUGGACUGGAGCCAAUGUGACGGUCAUUCAAAAAACCAGCGCUCAGCCCUUCGACCUGGAGAUUUACCAUCCCAGCCGGCAGCCACAGACGGUGAGCCCGUGUGCUGGUAAUGGAGGCCGGGGUCACUGUUCUCACCUCUGUCUGCUCAAUUAUAAUGGCUCUGCUUCCUGCUCCUGUCCACAUCUCAUGAAGCUCUCAGCCAAUAACAGCACAUGCCAAGGAGUGAAGAGGUUUCUCUUGUACGCUCGCAGAUCUGAGAUUCGUGGUGUGGACAUUGAUAACCCGUAUCUGAACGUGAUCAUGGCUCUGACCGUUCCUGAUAUCGAUGACGUGACGUCGAUGGAUUACGAUGCUGUGGAGGAGAGGAUUUACUGGGCUGAUGUGAAGAGCAGAACUAUAAAACGAGCGUUUAUUAACGGAACCCAACUGCAGACCGUCUUGUCUGGAGACCUCUCCAACGUGCGAGGUCUGGCUAUCGACUGGCUGUCCAGAAACAUGUACUGGAUGAGCUCAGACAACGACGAGACUCACAUUAAUGUCGCCCGUCUUGACGGAUCUCUGAAAACCACCGUUGUUCACGGAAUGGACAAACCCAAGAGUCUUGUCUUGCAUCCAUCCAAAGGGAAGAUGUUCUGGAUGGAUGGCGGCACGAUAAAUAUGGCCAAUAUGGAUGGAAGCAACAUCAAGAUUUUGCACCAGAACCAGAAAGAGCCUGUUGGCUUGUCGAUUGAUUUCUCAUCCAACAAGUUGUACUGGAUCAGUUCCGGAAACGGGACCAUAAACAGGUGUAAUUUGGAUGGGAGUGGCCUGGAUGUGAUUGACAGCAUGAAAAGCCAGCUCCGGAAAGCCACAGCAUUAGCAGUGAUGGGUGGUAAACUGUGGUGGGCAGAUGAUGUUCUCGCUCAGCUGGGCACAGUUAACAAGAGGGAUGGAAAAAACCUGACGGUUCUCCGAAACAAGACCACAGGCCUCGUCCACAUCAAAGUCUAUGACAAAGACACACAGAAAGGUCGUAAUCCUUGUGUACUGAAUAAUGGCGGGUGUUCGCAAAUAUGCCUUCCCACAUCUGAAAUCACUCGAACUUGUUCGUGUACUACUGGAUACAAUCUGCGCCAGGACAGGUCGACUUGUGAAGGUCUUCAGUCUUUCCUGAUGUACUCCGUUAAUGAAGGUAUUCGAGGACUUUCUCUCGAUCCCAGCGAUAACUCUGAAGUUUUGACGCCGCUAUCUGGCACUUUAUUUGCUGUGGGUCUGGACUAUCAUGCGAAAAAUGACACCUUAUACUGGACAGACAUGGGCUCCAAUAAAAUCUCUAGGUCCAGCCGAGAUCAGACCUGGAGAGAAGACAUCAUCACAAGUGGUCUUGGACGUGUUGAAGGACUUGCGGUGGACUGGAUUGCUGGUAAUAUUUACUGGGCGGACCAUGGCUUAAAUCUCAUUGAGGUUGCGCGAUUGAAUGGUAUGUACCGUGCAGUGGUCAUAUCGGAAGAACUCGAUCAACCUAGAGCCAUUGCGGUACACCCAGUGAAGGGGUUUCUUUUCUGGACAGAGUGGGGCCAAAGUCCUACCAUCUCCAGGUCACGUCUUGAUGGUUCAGAGCAAUCUGUGCUUGUUAGCACCGGACUGGCACGGCCUAACGGCGUCUCCAUAGACUACCAGGAAAAUAAAUUAUACUGGUGCGAUGCCCGCAAUAACAAGAUCGAAAGAAUCAACCUUGAGCGGGGUGAACAGAGGGAGAUUGUGUUCUCAUCGAGUGGGGUGGAUAUGUUUUCCAUAGCAGUCUUCGGAGCUUACCUCUUCUGGUCUGACAGAGCCUACGCCAACGGAUCCAUCCGACGUGCUUCCAAAAAAGACGCUGUGGAUGUAGUGACCAUCAGGAGUGGCUUGAGUGUCAGCCUGAAAGAUGUGAAGGUCUUUAACCAGGAUCGGGAGAAAGGUACAAACGCUUGCAGCAAAUCAAACGGAGGAUGCCAGCAACUUUGCUUUUACUUGGGGAAUAACCGGAAAACAUGCGCAUGUGCUCAUGGAUAUCUUGCUCAGGAUGGACUCAGGUGUAUCCGGUAUGAGGGAUACCUGCUUUACUCUGAGAGGACCGUCUUAAGGACUAUUCAUCUAUCAGACGAGAAUGACCUCAACUCGCCUAUUAGGGCAUACGAGAACCCAGUUUAUUUUAAAAACAUCAUCGCUUUGGCCUUUGAUCAUCGACAGAACGCACAUGGAACUAAUCGGAUUUUCUUUAGCGACGUUCACUAUGGGAAUAUACAAGUCAUCAAUGACGACUGGACUGGAAGGCGCAUCAUUGCCGAGAAUGUUGGUUCUGUGGAGGGACUGGCAUAUCACCGUGGUUGGGACGUCCUGUAUUGGACAAGCUCCACCACUGCCUCCAUCACCCGUCACCACAUUGAUCAGAGCAGAACGAAUGCCUUCGACAGAGACACAGUGGUCUCGCUUUCUGAGGAAGACCAUCCACAUGUCCUUACUCUCGACGAAUGCCAAAACUUGAUGUUUUGGACAAACUGGAACGAGCAGCAUCCAAGCAUCAUGAGGUCCACUUUAACGGGCCGAAACAUCCGAAUCAUUGUUAGCACGGACGUCAUCACUCCUAAUGGCCUCACCAUCGACCACAAAGCUGAAAAGCUGUACUUUUCUGAUGGCAGUCUGGGCCACAUCGAGAGGUGUGAUUUUGACGGCUCGCAAAGAUACGUCAUUGUGAAAUCAGGACCCGGAACAUUCUUUGGCUUGGCAAUUUACAGAGACUUCAUCUUCUGGUCCGACUGGACGCGGCGUGCUGUGAUCCGCUCUGAUAAGUUCACCGGAGCUAAUACGAAAGUACUCCGCUCGGACAUCCCGCAUCAGCCAAUGGGAAUCAUCGCAGUUUCCAACGACACCAACAGCUGUGAGGCGUCCCCCUGCAGCGUAAAUAACGGAGGGUGUCAUGACCUCUGCCUUUUGACCCCUCUUGGUGUGGUAAACUGUUCUUGCCGUGGGGAACGGAUAUUGCUGGAUGAUAACAGAUGUGUAUCCCCUAACUCCUCCUGUAACAUCCACUCGGAGUUCCAGUGCGGAAACGGCGAAUGCAUCGAUUACCAGCUGACAUGUGACGGCAUCGCGCACUGCAAAGACAGGUCUGAUGAGAAGAUGCAGUACUGCGAAAACCGGAACUGCAGACACGGCUUUAAAUCUUGUUAUAACCAACGCUGUGUGUCCAACCAACGCUUCUGUAAUGGUGUGAAUGAUUGUGGGGAUAACUCAGAUGAAGUUUACUGUAACAACUCGUCGUGUUUGUCUUCCGAGCACCGCUGUGCCGAUGGCUCCUGUAUUCCCACAUCAUCCUGGUGUAAUCAGAUCAUCGAUUGCGCUGACGCAUCGGACGAGAAGAGCUGUAAUAACACAGACUGCAUGGGAUACUACAGGCUGGGAGCUCGCGCCAGCAACACUGAGCGCUUCCUGAGCUGCAAUUCCACGUCGCUGUGUGUUCAUCCCUCCUGGAUCUGUGAUGGAGCCAAUGACUGCGGGGAUUACGCAGAUGAAACACACUGCCAUGCUUCUGCAGUCCAUACGUGUGAAGACGGUCAUUUUGCUUGUCCCAGUGGAAACUGUAUCUCCAGCGUCUGGUUGUGCGAUGGACAGAAAGACUGUGAGGACGGAGCUGACGAGUUUCAGUGCGAUUCGUCGUGUCUCUGGAAUCAGUUCGCCUGCUCCAAGAACAAGUGCAUCUCCAAACAAUGGCUGUGUGACGGUGAAGACGACUGCGGCGACGGACUGGACGAAAGCCAGGAAAUCUGCGGUUCUGCAUCAUGUUCUCCAGGAUUGUUCAGUUGUCCGGGAUCGUACGCAUGUGUGUCAAGGAACUGGUUGUGUGACGGAGAGAGAGACUGUCCUGACGGCAGUGAUGAACUGGCACUCGCUGGAUGUGCUCCCAACAACACGUGUACCGACAGCACGUUUCAGUGCCGAAACCAGAACUGCAUCCCUCGCCGGUUCGUCUGCGAUCAUGAUGACGACUGCGGAGACGCUUCAGACGAGUCGCUGGAAUGCGAGUACCGUUUAUGCAAAGAGGAGGAGUUUCGCUGCGCAGAUGGGCGGUGUUUGCUGAGAGCCCAAUGGGAAUGUGAUGGUUUCCCUGACUGUCAGGACCAAUCAGACGAGCUGCCACUCAACCCAAAGUGCUCCGCUGCAGAAAGUUUGUGCAACGGUACGGUUUUCAUGUGUGCAAACGGCCGCUGCGUUCCGCUGGGGAGCGUGUGUAACCAGCACGACGACUGCGGGGACCGGUCUGAUGAGAGGAACUGCCAUGUUAAUGAGUGUUUAAACCGGAAAGUCAGCGGCUGCACCCAGGACUGUCAAGACCUACCCGUGGGAUACAAGUGUUCCUGCUGGCCAGGCUUCCGUCUGAAACAUGACGGCAGGAUGUGCAUCGACGUGGACGAGUGUUCCGAGCAGUUUCCCUGCAGUCAGCAGUGCGUCAACACAUACGGCUCCUUCCACUGCCUGUGUGCCGACGGAUACCAGCGGCCCGCCAGCAACACCCACAGCUGCAGGUCUCUCUCAGCGGAGCAGCCUUUUCUUAUCCUUGCCGACCAUCAUGAAAUCAGAAAGAUCAGUCUGGAUGGAUCAAACUAUACUCUUUUGAAGCAGGGACUCAGUAAUGUCAUCUCUCUAGACUUUGACUCCAGGAAAGAGUUGAUCUAUUGGAUUGACACUAGCAGACCCAGCGGACGCAGAAUCAACAGAAUGCGCCUCAAUGGAAGCGACCUCAAGGUGGUUCACAGGACAUCUGUCCCCAGUGCUCUCGCGGUCGACUGGAUCGGCAAGAACUUGUAUUGGUGUGACGGCGAGAGAAAGACCCUCGAGGUGGCGAAAGCUAAUGGACUCUACCCCACUGUACUGCUGAGGACUGGAUUGAGAAAUCCAACUGCUCUGGCUCUCGACACUCUGACAGGGUAUGUGUUCUGGAUCGACUGUUGUGAACAGCCCCAAAUUGGACGGAUCGGGAUGGACGGCAGCAAGCCACGCGUCAUAAUUGAUACAGAAAUACGCUCUCCUUCAGCUUUGACCAUUGACCACGUCAACAAAAGGAUUUACUGGGCUGACGAGAACCAUAUCUUAUUUGCAAAUAUAGACGGUACCAAAAGACACAAAGUCCCUAUACAAGACAUAGGUGGAGUAACGGGUCUCACAUUGUUUGAGGACUUCAUUUACUGGAGUGACCAGAAGUCCAAAACCCUCAGUCGCUCUCACAAGACGUCGGGCGGUAAACAAACCGAGCUCCUCAGCUCAUGGCAAACCAUUCGAGACAUUCAAGUCUACCAUCCGCUCCGACAGCCUGACGUGCCUAAACAUCAGUGCCAGGUGACUAAUGGAGGGUGCAGCCACCUCUGCCUGCUUUCGCCUGGAGGGGGAUACAAGUGUGCUUGCCCUACGCACUUCUACCUGGCAAAUGACAACAAAACCUGUCUGUCUAACUGCACCGCCAGCCAGUUCCGCUGCGGUACGGAUGAGUGCAUUCCCUUCUGGUGGAAAUGUGACACAGUGGACGACUGUGGAGAUGGAUCUGACGAGCCGGCAGACUGCCCGGAGUUUAAAUGUCAGCCCGGCAGGUUUCAAUGCGGGACAGGUCUGUGUGCUCUUCCUCCCUUCAUCUGCGAUGGAGAGAACGACUGCGGAGACAACUCGGAUGAAGCCAACUGUGACUCAUAUAUCUGCCUGUCGGGUCAGUUUAAGUGCACACACCGGCAGAAGUGCAUCCCUAUAAACCUGCGCUGUAAUGGACAAGACGACUGCGGUGACGGGGAAGAUGAAACCGACUGCCCUGAAAACACCUGCUCUCCAUCCCAGUUCCAGUGCAAGUCUACAAUGCACUGCAUCUCCAAGCUGUGGGUUUGCGAUGAAGAUCCCGACUGCGCCGACGGCUCCGACGAGGCCAACUGCGAUGAAAAGACAUGCGGACCCCAUGAAUUCCGCUGCAAGGACAACAACUGCAUCCCGGACCACUGGAGGUGUGAUGGACAGAGCGACUGCAGCGACAAUUCAGAUGAGGAGAACUGCAAGCCAGUUACAUGCAACUCUAAAAACUUCAUCUGCGCCAAUGGAGAAUGUAUUUCCUCACGUUUCCGGUGCGACGGCGACUUCGACUGCACUGAUAACUCAGACGAGAGGGGCUGUGAAAGCCACUGCUCCGAGGAUCAGUUCCAGUGUCUGAAUCAUCUCUGCAUAUCGGUCAAAUGGCUUUGCGAUGGACAGGAAGACUGUAAAACCGGGGAAGAUGAGGCCAACUGCAGCCCUGCCAACACCGCCAUGACAGCUCGGCCGACGGCUUGCGGUCUGAACGAGUAUGUGUGUGUUGGAGGAGGCUGUGUUUUGGCUGCUCAGCGCUGCGAUGGACAGAACGACUGCGCAGAUGGGUCAGAUGAGGUGGACUGUCUCAGCGAGUGUAAAGAGGACGAGUUUCUAUGUCGUAAUCGAGCUCACUGUAUUCCUGCACGCUGGAGGUGUGACAGAGUCUUCGAUUGCCUCGAUCAGAGCGAUGAGGAUAACUGUGACCACGGGUCUCUGUCGUGUCGUGCAGAUGAGUUUGUGUGUAAUAAUACACUGUGUAAGCUGCUGGUUUGGCUGUGUGAUGGUGAGGACGACUGCGGAGACAACUCUGAUGAAGAUGCGCACAUGUGCGAAAAGCUGCCUUGUCCCCCAAACCGUCCGUUCCGCUGCAGAAAUGACCGAGUGUGUUUGCGAUCUGAGCAGAUCUGCAACGGUGCCAAUGACUGUGGUGACAAUUCAGACGAAGACCACUGUGUGGAUGUGUUGAAGAAGCCCAGGCCAUGUGGAAAGACUGAAUUUGCUUGCGCAAACCACCGCUGUAUAGCAGACGAGCUGCAGUGUGAUCUAUUUGACGAUUGUGAAGACGGUUCAGAUGAGCGCGACUGCAAGGCAUAUGUGGACGGAGCAUGUCGAGGACGGCCAGACUUGUGUGGAGACGACGCUUUCUGUAAUCAUAACAAAACUCCCUCCGUCUGCCAGUGCAAAGAAGGCUUUCAGAGGAACCAGAAGAACAGGCAAUGUGAAGAGGUGAACGAGUGUCUGCUUUUCGGUAUCUGUUCUCAGUACUGCACCAACAGCAAGGGCUCAUACAGGUGCACCUGUGACCGCAACUUCAAGGAGAUCCAUGGCGAGUGCAUCACCAAAGGUCCAGAAGAUCAGGUCCUCUACGUGGCGAAUGACACUGAAAUCCGCAGUUUUGUGUAUCCCUACAACCAGACUCACGGGCACACUCAGCUCGCCCGGAUCUCCGACAGCGCUCGUAUCAUUGGCAUGGACGCACUUUUCCACCAUCACAAGUUUGUUUGGGCCACUCAGUUUAAUCCUGGCGGGAUGUUUUACAAAGACCUGCAGGACAGGAGUCCAGACACAACAAACAGCGGCGUCAUAUGUCCAGAUUUUCGGAGGCCCAGAGACAUUUCAGCUGACUGGGUGACGGGAAACCUAUACUGGACAGAUCAUUCGCGAAUGCACUGGUUCAGCUACUACACGGCACACUGGCGGAGACUUCGAUACUCCAUCAAUGUGGGACAGCUAGGAGGCCCAAACUGCACACGUCUCAUCACCGAUAUUGACGGAGAGCCUUUCGCCAUCACUGUUAACCCUAUACGGGGGAUGGUGUAUUGGACCGUAAUCGGCGAUCACUCUCACAUUGAAGAGGCUGCUAUGGACGGGUCGAUGCGUCGUGUUUUGAUCACAAGGAAUUUGCGGAGACCGACAGGACUCGCGAUUGAUUAUUACAACCAGCGUCUGUACUGGGCAGACUCUGAACUCUCUCAGAUCGGGAGCGUGCGCUUCGAUGGCUCUGAUUCACUGGUGGCCAUCAGCAGUCGACACGGCAUCUCUCAGCCCUUCCGUAUCGACCUGUUUGAGGACUACAUCUACGGGGUGAGCAUGAAACACGACAUCUUCAGGGUUCAUAAAUACGGGAAGCUGCCCGCCGAGAGGCUCAGUCUAGGAGUGGAGAGAUCAUCCAGUGUCCUGGUUUUCCAUCGAUACAAACAGCAGGAAGUGUCGAACCCGUGCGCGCAGAUGAGUUGUACGUUCCUGUGUCUUCUGAAUCCCAGCGGGGCUCGAUGUGUGUGUCCUGAGGGGAAGAUUCUGCUCAACAGGACCUGCACAGACACCAACAUCUCAGGAGAUCUGUGUCGUCCUGCCUGUGAGAAUGGAGGUCGGUGUAUCACUAAUGAACGAGGGGAAUCCCGCUGUUUUUGUUGGCCAAAUUACUCUGGUGAACGCUGUGAAAUCAGCCACUGUAAAGACUUCUGUCUUAAUGGAGGAACCUGCACUGGAUCUCCACUAGGGAAGGCCACGUGUCGCUGUGCUCUGGGCUUCAGUGGUUCUCUGUGUGAGCAAAGGUUGUGUGAUGGUUUCUGUCUGAAUGGAGGCUCCUGUGACGUGACUCUGGGAAAUCAGCCUGUGUGUCAGUGUCCAGCUGAGUACACCGGAGAGCGCUGUCAACAACAUAUUUGCCAUCAUUAUUGCGCACACUCUAAAGGCUGCACACUGUCCAGCUCGGGACACGUGGAAUGUGUUUGUCCCACAAGAUACGAGGGCUCCAAAUGUGAGACAGACCGAUGUGUUCGCUGCCGAGGAGCUCCAUGUAUCGUAGAUGAAGAGACUGGAGAUGUCGCCUGCAACUGUACGAAUGGCAGGAUUGCAGCCAGCUGUCAGCUGUGUGACGGAUACUGUUAUAACGGAGGAACCUGCCACCUCGACUCUGAAACUGGCCUGCCGUUCUGUCAUUGCCCGUCCGAGUUUAAAAGCCCGAGGUGUGACGAGAGAUCAAACCCUUGCGAUCACUACUGUCAGAACCAGGGCGUUUGUUCCCUCACCGCCUAUAACAAACCCCGCUGCAAGUGCUCUGGAAACUGGUCAGGAACGCAGUGUGAAAGACCUGCAACCAAGACCAACCGCUUGGAAAAUGUCAGCGGGAGAAGUAUUGCCAUAAUAGUGCCUCUAGUUCUUCUCGUAUGCAUCAUCACCGCUGUUACAGUGGGAAUCCUCAUUUGCAAAAGGUGUCGAAGAGGUAAGCAGGUUCAGCGGCAGCCCAUGGCCAAUGGAGGCUUGAACGUGGAGAUCGGGAAUCCGUCCUAUAACAUGUAUGAAGUUGAACACGACAAUCACGUAGACGUCGGAAGCUUUCUUCACCCCAGCUUCACACUUGACCCUCACAAGGGCUGGUGUGUGAAGUCUAGCGAUCCGCGCAACUUGCCCCCCGCUCGCCCUUUGACAGCACACACUUUACCAAUCCAGAACGUUCCAAAGGAGCUGAUUCCAGGACAGGCUAUGAACUACUCCAACCCCAUCUACUCAAAGAUGUACCAUGACGGACAACACUGUCGAAAGCCCGUCAUCAACCUCGACAUGAGACGCGAUUUACUCCCAAAGAGACUGGACACGACCAUUCGAGAAACGGCAGCAUAACCUUACUUUUCCACAACCUGCAUUGUUUUUGUUUUUUGUUUGUUUGUUUUUUAUAGAAGAUCUGUAUAAAAUGUAUUUAAAAAAUACUUUUUUAUGUCCAGUCAGGUUGAAUCAUCCUUAUGGAAGGCUGUUUCUGUCAUAAGUAAUUGAAAAAUAAGUCAAAAAAAGGCACAAUUGUGAGUUUUUUAUCUCACAAUUUCUUGCUGUUCUGAUAAACGACGGAAGUGUAAGCGAAUUUGUAUCUCACAAUUACAAGUUUAUAUCUUUCAAUACAGAAUGCACUGAAUUUGUAUUUUGCAUUUGUGAAUUUAUAUUAUGAAAUUGUUAUUUGCGUAAUUAUUAUCAUAAUUACAAGAGCAGUAAGAAUUGCAAUAAGGUAUAAAUAUAUCGCAAUCUGUAUCUCGCAGUUGUGACUUUUCACUCAGAAUUGUGAGACUUGAAGAGAUGUAAAUUCACAGUUUUUUUCUCAGAAUUGCUUAUUUUUAUCUUACAGUGGAAUUUUUUUUUGCUGCAAGAUAUAGACGGUAGCAUUGAAAUGUAUAAACCACAAAGAUACAUAAAAAAAUGUGAGAUACGAAUUCUUGAUUCAAGUUUGUGUUUUGCAGUUGCUAUUUUUUUUCUUAGAAAUGCAAGACAAACAUAAUUAAAGAUUCAAAAUGAUAAGUAAUUCUACUAGAAGACAUUUGAAAUGUGAUAUAAACUCAGAAUCGUGAGAUGUAAAUUUAUCAUUUUAAAUGUUCUGUUAUAUUUUUUUUCAUCAUUAAUUGUGAAAUAAAUGUGCAUUUAGGUUAUAACAAGAUUCUUGCCAUUUCAAAUUUUAACUCCAAACUGCAAGGCGCAAACUCAUUAUUAUAAUAAUAACAGUCUAAACUUUGAGAUGUAAACUCAGAAUUGUGAUAUUCUGAGACCUUGUAGACGAAAAUUGUGAACCUUUGUUUUUCAGAUUAACGAUUUUAAAGCUCACUAUUUUUGGAUGUAAGCUCGCAAUGAAAGUUGAGUUCGCAAAUUUGUACGCAAAAUUUAAAUCUUACAAAAUUUAUUUUUUUUGGCGAAAUAUAAACUCAUAUAAAAACAAUUUAUUCAAAAUUGUAAUAGAAUUGAGAUAAGAUUUAAAUGUCUCGCAAUCUGUAUCUCGCGAUUACGAAUUUUGACUAUAAAUUCUGAGAUAUGAAGUAAAUUCUCAGUUGCUAAAUACAGAAUAUUUUUUUUCAGAAUUGCAAGUUUUUAUCGCACAAUUGCAUUUUUACUCAGAACUACAAGAUAUAAACUAAGAAUCGGAAGUUAUACAAACUCUUGAUUCGAGUUUAUAUCUUGCAAUUACGUUUUUUUGUUUGUUUUUUUACGUAUAAAUGCAACAUGUAAAGUCAAAAUUAUGAGAACAAUCUGAAAAGUGAUAAUAAACUCAAAAUUCCAAGGGAUCAAUUUGUCAUAUUGAUUAUUUUCGCUGUUAAUUGUUAUAUAUAAAUACGCAAUGGCAAGUUCGUUUUCUUCUCAGAACAGCGAAUUUGUUUCUUGCAAUUGCUAAAUUUUACUCUGACUUAAACUUGUUAAUAUAACAACAGUCGGAAUCAUGAGAUAUAAACUCAGAUGUGGUAUACUAACUUACAAUUGUACCUUUUUACGCACAGUUGUGUGUUUAUGUCUCACUAUAUAAUUUUAUACUCAAAAUUGUAAGAUAUAAGCACGCAAUAAAAGUCAGAAUUGUGAAAACGUUUAUUUUCAUGGCAUAAACAACCUUCCAUAAAUCUCACUUUGCGUCCCACAUAAAUGUGCCAAUUUUCGUUUAACGUUUUCUUGUUUUGUUUUUUCUGUCGCAACCAAAACGUCUUUUAUAAACGACCAAUGCAGUAUUUUGCUUUGUGACUUUGUAAAUGCACUACACAAACACGACUAAAUGAAACGAGAAUCAUUCAAAGCUGCUCAAUCUCAAAAGGCUUUAUAUACACAUAAAGACAUUUAAGGAGAAUUUUAUAUAGGUUUAUUUACGUACACACUAUGUAUAUGUUUUCCUGUUGGUGGUACGAUCGCCAAUGCCUAGAUAUUCCCAAGUUGCCUCUUACAUUUAGCCGUAUUAGGGGAAGAAAAAAGAAAGAAGAGACACUUAUUUAAUAAAUGCAUCCUAUGCUCAUCACAGAUUUUAUUUUUGAUAUUUCUCAUCGAUGUUUAUCUUUUAAGUUAACCAGACGCUUCAAAUAUGCAGUCAAAUCCGAAAGUGAAACCAAACCACGACGGUUGCAAGCUGUACAACUUGAAAACAUUUCAUUUGCAUAUUGCAAAACAUGUCUUUCAGCACUUAAAAGGACUACAAAAAAAAAAGGACUUCAUGUCACACACGACACACUUUCACUCACGCGGAACUCUUGUAAUGCCAUGUUUGAUGAGCAAAUGUAAAAAUCACAUUCUCUGUGCAAAUGUACACAACUAUAGGAGGAGGAAAAAAAAGGUUUUAUAAUUUUAUAGUUGAUUUGUAUGUCCGGUUUGCUUGUAUUUUCUGGAAAUGUAUUAAAUGUAGAACUUUUUUAUACAAAACGAUGUACACAAUAUAUUGGUCCGUCUUCACUUUGGGCUGAAACUGAGGCGUUUGUUUUUUUUAUUAUAAAAUAAAACAAUCUUGCACUGCGCAAUCGUAGUGGUUGCCGAUUUUGAAGGUGAAACGAAGGACAUUUGUCGUUUAAAUGCAUAUAAAUACACCUGAUGGGAUUUUGGACCAAGAACUAUGAAAUAAAAUGCUUUUUCUGGC